UUUGCCCAUCUGCAUUAGUUAAACACAUGGUUGGAUUGAAUUGAGUUGUUGAGUGCUUGCAAUUUUUGUUAAUUUUUGCAAUUAAAAAGUCAUGACCGAACGAAUAAUUCCUAUUCAGAUAGAAGGACGAGAAAGCGAUAAUCAACCUGAAAAAGUAGAAGCCGAAGAAGACAAUAAUUCGAUAGCCGCGGACCAAAAUGACGACGGUGACGGGGAACAAAAAUUAUCGGAAUCCAUGGAGCAAUUGGCCGUGGAUCAGCCCGUGAAAAAACCGGUAGUUCAAGUGAAGUCGCUCAACACGCAACAGGAAUACCUAAAAGAGUUCGACGUUAUGGAGAAACGCGACAGCAACGUUUUGCUUUCGGACUAUCAGUUGCCCAAUGCGGAUUCUGUCGAAAAAAUAUUCUUGAUUAUCGACAGGGCUCAAGACGAAAACGUUACCCCGUUUAACAUCGGAGCGAAGAAGUACACGCCUCUCGCGGCGAUCAAGCGGGCCGUGAAUAUAUUUUUAACAUUAAAGCACAAUAUAAAUCCACAUCAUGAAUUUGCCAUCAUUGUCUUAAAUGAAAGUGAUGCGACGCUGGUUAUAAAUUUCACUAGUGAUCUUAGGAAACUUAAGGAAGCCGUGAGCAAGAUAACCGAGUGCGAAACGGAAGAUAUUUUUAACUUGAAUUCCCUGUUCAAAAUAAUAACGGAAUACGAGCUGCCCAGUGUGAUUGCCCCAGAAAUAGCCCCUUCAUAUGUGAUGAGAGCGAUCAUUUUCUAUGGAAGAUCGUACACCAGACCACAACUUGAGCCCGAUAGUGAAAUCUGCCACUAUCUGGAGUAUCCCUAUUUCACCUGCGACAUUCUUAUGACCCACGAACCUGUAGAGGCGGGCAACAAUUGUGUCCAGAUUUUCGAGUUGCUUCAAAAUUUGGACACAAAAGGCACCGCUUAUUUUUUCCCGGUGGGCAGGGAUUUGAGGCGAUUGCAAAGGUGUUGCGGGAAAUUGUUGGCGCACCCGCUUCAGAGGCCCGUUCAAAAACUAAUUAAAAGUUAGGUUAAGUAAAACUUUACAAUUUUCUGUAUU